AUGAAGAUUAUAUCUAAAAGCCACAAGUUUCGUUUGGGGCUUCCAUCAGAGUUUGUGAGGUUGGCGGGAAUGAAUAAAAAAAGAAUGAUAAGAAUGAAGAAUGUUGAUGGAAAGGAGUGGAAGACGAGUUUAAAGUUGGAGAGCAGACAGAAUUAUAAAAGGUACAAUGUGUCGUCAGGGUGGAGUAAUUUCCGGCGAGAUAAUGACUUAUGGGAAGGAGAUAAAUGCGUAUUCAGAUUUAUCAAAAGCGAAGAUACGUUAUAUCUAGCCACAGUGAUCAAGAAAAAGGGUAAAGCUCCGGUGACUGAAGCUAUCAGGAGGCCUAGAGGGCGGCCACGGCGGGUGGAGGUGGUGGUGGCUGGCAAAGCUCCGGCGGCUGAAGUAUUGAAGAGGAAGAGAGGGCGGCCACCGCGUUUGAAGGUGGAAAUGGAAAGUAAAGACGACGGUGUGAAGGCGGUGAAGAGAUCACGUGGAAGGCCAUUUAAGAGGAAGAGAGGCGGCUAAUGGACAAAGUAUUGAAAUGGAUCAUUACCAUUCCAUUUUCUUGUUUGGUUGC